CUGACGAGCCCCGCAAGCCUUCCUCGAAAGCGCAACUUCUUCACCUCGAACGUUUAUCUGUCUCAGAGCACCGGCGAGCCCUCCGCAAGGCAACCGAAGACAGAAAAUGAGCACUUGCCUGCGCCUCCAAAGCGCAAAGGUGUCCGCUCUGCUGGCGCAAAGAAUUCUCUGCGCCGAGUAGCGAUUAUCGCCCAACGUCCGGCGCAACGCAGCACCGGAACCCCAGCUGGACAGUCGGAAGAUACGUCUGCCUCGACCCUGAUCAGCGCCGUCUGUAUCGCUGAAUCAUUCAAUAUGGGGAUGGUCCUGGAUAUACUGCGGGCUCACGGCUUCGACAUUGAUCCGGACCAGAGUGGUUUUGAAGCCAGCGAAGUCGUCCACGCCCGCGGGGUCAAUGGCGGAGACAUUUUCGUCUUUCCGUCCGGAACGAUUGUCACUUGGACACUGCCUCCCGACGUUGUAACGAAGCAGUUGCUGAGCGCAGCAGAGACGCCAUUGAAGCCGGCUCUUCGGGAGGUAGAGGAUCUGGAAUACGUCGCGGACUCGUCUAGGGAAACAAGCGGCAUGAAGGGUGACAUUGUGGUUCUCGGAACGAAACUCGAGGAAAGGGAAGGUGACAGAUUGGAUACAACGCUUGCCAAGAUCGCAUUCUCCUCGGGGCUCGCGAGAAGCACAAAGCUUGCCGUGUUGGAGACAGCCUUGACGGCGUAUUUUGAGAGCACGAGAAAGAUCCCGUCUCUUCUGUCAAAGGGCUCCGGACUGCCCCUGGGGCGGAAGUUCAUUUUGCAGAAGACGGGUGAACUCCUGAGCUUGCGGGCGCGGCUUAACCACUAUUCUGAGCUAACAGAUUCUCUCCCCGACAUUUUCUGGGACAGCCGAGCCGAACUAGGCCUGGAAGGAUACUACGAGCAGGUCGGGCGAGCGCUGGACGUUAACGUGCGGAUUCGUACUUUGAACCAGAAGAUGGACUACGCGCAAGAGAUUGCCAGUGUGUUGAGAGAGAUGUCAACACUCACUUGCCUCAACCGCGUGAGGUACCUGCUGUGGCGCGUCUCGACUCCCACUGUCGCAGGUACCUUCCUCGACAUCUAUGAGAGGUCGCGGGAAUGCGCCAUCAUUAUGCCGGGACCUAUUGAAGACUAUGACGAUGGCCUUGCGCCUGAAGUCUAUGAGGCCGAUGUGUACGAUGAGGACCAAGACUGGGAAGUUGACGAAGAUCUCGCUAAGAUCGAGAACCGAAAAAUCUUACAAGUUUUGGAGAAUGCCACCCAUGAUGCCGACGCCAACGUCGACUCGCAACCGCAACUGUCACUUGCACCAGAGCCCGCCGGCGAACACAUCCCACCACAAACCGUCUUCCUCCCGGCCACUUUUCAGCCAAUCACGAACAUCUCCGUCAACAUUCCAGAAAGCACACUGAUCUCACCGGGAUACCUCUAUCAAGGCGAGGACGGCCUUCCUGCUCCACCUGAGAGAGAAACCAGAGCAGUAGACUAUUUACUUGAGGAAUACCAACGGUUCGGUGAUCAGAAUGACGACUUCAUCGAGUUUGAUCUCGAUCAAUUCACUAUUUACACUGAACCGUAUACCCCCGGAUCCGGAUCCAACACGGGUUAUGAUGACUACGGAAAGCUGCUGUACCCAGCUGAGUUACGGCCACUUCAUCACCUGUCGACAAAAUCCAGAUGUACUCAAAUGUAUGUUGAUGGUGUCUUAUCAACUGGGGAGAAACAGUACUUCAUUAGACAAGUACCUUUUGACGAGCUUCCGAUUGGCAACUACGGCGUGUCUGAGCACUCAGUCGGCUCUGACAUCUGGAUUCGGUCGAAGAUGAACGCCAGGCUAGCUGUAGCUGGUCGCAGACCGGACGUUUACUAUCGGUUGGGAAGUCCUUCAAAGGAAUACGCUCGCUUUCAUAAGGGAUUCUUAUGGGUCGCCGAUUUAGCAAAACAUGUGACGGACUACCUCUCCACAGCGGAUGACCGUCGCGUGGUCCUUCGCGACUUCGAGUCUCACUUUAGCGAAUGGCUCUCUGAGAACCAUCAACAAGACUCAGAAGCUUUUAAGCACUGGAGAAACCAGUUCCCAAGUGCGGACUUUCGCUCCGCAAUCGUUGCGAACCUGGAGUUUAUCUACAAGGAAGUCAACGGCGUUCUUGGACACAAGGCCAGGUCGAUUCACAUGUGGAAGGAAAUCCGCGACUACACCGCCUACCCAGAUGUGUCCCGAACUCCCGCCAGCGCCCCGUCAUCGCCCUCGUCGGCACCAGGAAAAGCUAGUCACAUCGAGAAAACCGUCGUCACGCCAUACAUCAAUCAACUCUUCAACCAUCUACCUUGUGGUAUGAUGAUGGAUGCCGUGAGCCCAAGCCCUGAAACCGACCGCUUGCGAACAGAGAUCAACGACAGACACAAUCUGGAAUCUGCGCCCAACGUGCAUACCUCCGCCAACCCGAUUGAGGAUAGACGACGGUCCCUCAACAGAGAUAUCCAGAUCGGCGAUGUCAUUUCCACUCCGCGAGACAACGACGACGACUCUCAUUGGGCGCGGGAAGUCGCUGCCGGAUUUGAUGAUGUCGACCGCUGGUUUGGAUUGGUUCAGAAAAUUUACAAGAGAAACGGGGAUCAGUCUUUCGACGUUAUCUGGCUCUAUCGGCCAGUUGAUACGCUUUGUGGGUCAAUGCGAUAUCCUUGGAACAACGAGUUGUUCCUGUCGGAUCAUUGCUCGUGUCACGAUGGGCAUCACAAAAUCAAACAGAGCGAGGUUCUUGCGAUUCAUCAAAUUCACUGGGGAGGCUCAUCGUCAACUGAUGCCGAGUUCUUCUGCAGGCAAACGUACCUUACCCUAACCGAAACACAUCGUUGGGUAACCUUUCAAGAACACCACCUACGCUGCCGCCAUAGCCCAGAUGACGUUAGCUACAAGGUUGGCGAAACGUUUCUCGUUCGCAUAGAUCAGGACGACGAUACGGUCGAGCCCUGCGAGUUGGUAUCGCUCUCCAGAGAGGAAGACGAAGAUCUGCUCACAUUUAGACUCCUUUAUCGAAGGGACCAGCUCGAGCCCCAUUCGGGAGCCCCGCCGAAUGAGCUGGUGUACAGCAACGACUUGAUCAAGCUCCAAUCGGAAAACAUUCAUGGGAAGUGCAUCGUGCGAUUCUUCCAGCCUGACAAGCCCAUACCUUGCCCAUACAACAGAAGAGGAGUCGCCAAUGCAUUUUACAUCACUCGCCAACGACUGGAGUCGGGGCAAAUUGUUCCCAUGACUGACGCCAGCCCGAUCGAUAUCAACAUACACUCAAAGCUCCGACAAGGUUUCGAUCCGUCACGAGCGGUUCCCAAGCUCCGAGGAGUCGAUCUCUUCUGCGGAGGGGGGAACUUCGGUCGUGGUCUCGAAGAAGGAGGCGUAAUUGAGAUGAAAUGGGCUAAUGAUAUCAACGACAGAGCGAUCCAUACUUAUAUGGCAAAUGCAACAGCGGGCAGCGUCCAGCCCUUUGUAGGCUCCAUCGACGAUUUACAGAGACUUGCCUUAGAGGGGAAGUUCAGUGAGAAAGUACCCAAGGUUGGACAAGUGGACUUUGUGUCUGCCGGAAGCCCAUGCCCUGGCUUCUCUCGCCUUACAAACGACAAGACUAAGCUUAAGCAGCGAAAAAACCAGUCUCUCGUGGCGGCUUUUGCGUCUUUUGUUGAUACAUAUCGGCCGAAGUUUGGUGUCCUGGAGAACGUUGUGGAGAUCGUGCAAGAUCAAGGCAAGCGGAAGGAAGACGUCUUCUGCCAGUUGAUCUGCGCUAUUGUCGGUCUUGGCUACCAAGCGCAUUUCUUCUUGCUCGAUGCAUGGUCACACGGCUCGCCGCAAAGUCGCAGUCGCGUGUUUCUUUGCUUUGCAGCACCAGACUAUCGACUACCAGAAAUGCCGCUCCAUUCUCAUUCACACUAUCAGACGUUUCGGAGCAGAACACUUGGCAAACUACCCAAUGGCGAGCCCAUGGGCCAGCGCCUUUUUAUGCCGACGCCUUUCAAAUUUGUGACCGCUGAGGAAGCAACAGCCGAUCUGCCGGACAUCGCUGAUGGCAAGGCUGACUGUUGCAUCAGCUUCCCUGACCAUCGCUUCGCGUCUGGUCACACCAAGUCUUUCCGCAAUCAGCUGAGUGCGAUCCCUACCCGACCAUACGGCAUGAACUUUGUGACGUCGUGGAACAACGGGAAGGGGGUAAUGACAGAAGCAGAGAGAGGAUUCUUCCCGGACAGAGGUCACAGAGUUCUGAAGUCAUCGUCCCGCGCAUGGGGACGGUCUUUUCCGAAUACAAUUAUGCCGACUAUAACGACAACACCCUCACCUGCGGAUGCCUGGAUUGGUAGGAUUUUGCAUCGGAAUCAAAAUCGGACUUUUACCGUCAUGGAAGCACGACGGGCGCAAGGAUUUCUUGAUCAUGAGGUGCUCCUCGGGGCUCCCAGGGACCAAUGGAAAGUCAUCGGCAACAGUGUCGCGAGAGAAGUGUCUCUGGUUCUUGGUUUGGCCUUCCGCGAGGCCUGGCUCGGAUCUCUGAUUGAUGGAGAGGAGAAGACUGAACCUGCAUUUUUCGACUCUCGGCAUGCACUGAUGAACACCCCGAUAUCGAGAAGCCGCACACCAAACUCGGACUCGGAUACGUCCUCCGGUUCCUCGCGCGCUGCAAAGCGACCUCUGAGCAGCACAUUGGAAGUCCAGAUGUUUGUGUCGAAGAUGGCGAAGACCAGCCGGGGUCAGACAGUUACUGACGGAAGAACCGAAACUACAGAAGCGGACUUGUCUGAAGACUCGGAUUGUCCCAAGAUAGUAUCGGAUAUAUCAGGCCGCAGCAAGAAGCGUUCUCAAUCGCGUUCUCAAUCGCGUACCCAGUCGCGUACCCAGUCAGCUUCCGUCGUUUUGUCAUAG